AUGGCAACUUUAAACGAAAAGAAGACCUGCAGCGAACGUAUGGCAGAUUUCCGUCGUUUUGUCUGGAAUCCAGAAACAAAGCUCUUCAUGGGAAGGUCCUUAAUUAACUGGGUGUGGAUCAGCCUCUACUACCUGGCUUUCUACGUGGUGAUGUCAGGGCUGUUUGCACUCUCCAUUUAUACUUUAAUGAGGACCAUUAAUCCCUACGAGCCGGAUUACCAAGACCAGCUGAAAUCCCCAGGUGUGACCUUAAGGCCUGAUGUUUAUGGGGAUAGAGGACUACAAAUUUAUUACAACGUAUCAGACAACAAAACCUGGGAAGGUUUAGUGACAACUCUUCACACUUUUCUGACAGCAUAUACACCAGCUGCUCAGCAUCUGAACAUCAACUGCACCAAUAACACUUACUUCAUCCAGGACACCUUUGAUGGCCCAAAUAAAACAAAACUAUCCUGCAAAUUCACCUCAGACAUGCUUCAAAACUGCUCCGGCAUCACAGAUCCAACUUUUGGAUAUCCAGAAGGAAAACCCUGUUUUAUUAUAAAAAUGAACAGGAUUAUCAAGUUUUACCCUGGCAAUGGCACUGCACCAAGGGUGAACUGCACAUAUGUGGUAAGGGGUGAGGAGUCUCGCCCGCUGGAGGUGGACUACUACCCUGUGAAUGGCACCUUCAACCUGCACUACUUCCCCUACUACGGGAAAAAGGCUCAGCCCAGCUACAGCAAUCCCUUGGUAGCUGUGAAAUUUCUCAACAUUACAAGGAAUGUAGAAGUUAAAAUAGUGUGCAAAGUCAUUGGAGCUGGAAUUACCUUCAAUGUUCAUGAUCCAUAUGAAGGCAAAGUGGAAUUUAAACUGAAAAUAGAAGACUGA